AUGGCCGCUGUCUCCAAGCUCCUCUCUUCCAUCCUUCCCUCAAAAUCAUCACCACCACAGCCAUCACCAUCAUCAUCAAACCUUCCUCUGCCACCACGUGUCUCUCUUCCCAAAACCCCAUCUUGGAGGGCCCUACUGGUGGCCACCUGGACCCCAUCAUCAACUCCUUCUUCCUCAUGUUUAGCCAGUAUAUUGUGGCCCUCACUCGCACACUCAAACACCCUCUUCUUCAAAUCAGCGUACAACGUUCAGAUCGUAGUGCAAGACAACGAUUCCGAGGAAAAGCUUGUUGGGAGGUUCAGAAAGGAGGUUCUGAGGGCUGGUGUGUUGCAAGAGUGCAAGACCAGGAGGUUCUUCGAGAACAAACGGGAGAAGAAGCAGAGAAAGACUAGACAGGCUGCCAGAAAGAACCGCAAAAGGUAUCCACGGUCAAAAGAUCCAAGGCAGGAUAAACCGGAAGCGAGGAUAAACGACGACAAGGAAGACGAUAACUGGGACUACGAUGUAGAACUUCCAUAUCAUUGA